GAGGGAUAGAGGUCGCCCCCGAGCCCCCGAGUGCGUUUUCUAGAACCGCGAGCGGCGGGGCGAGGAAGUCAGCCGGCAAGGCUGGGGAGGCGCAAGACGGUGCCGGAGUGAGCUGAAACUCGCGGGGAGAGAAAGCGAGGCCCUCCAGAGACAGAGAGAGAGAAGCGCUCCGCCGAAUUCCAGGAGAGGAAGGGCGAGUCCGUUGCCUUGAGCGACACAAAACUUUGAACCAUGCGUGUCUGCUAAUACAGACAAGUCUCUGAAGGGGGCGCGGGAGCGGAGGGAAGGCAGCCACCGAAGCCCGCUUGGCUGUCCCUGCUUAGAGCCCACGGAGGCAGGGAAAGACACCAGGAGUUUUCGCCAGGAAGCAUCCGGCUGAAGCCCCAGCAGCUACUGCUGCGGCGAGUCCCGACGCCCUGAACCGCCGCCGCUGCUGACCGCCAGAGGAAAAAAAUUCCCCUUUUCCAAAGAGAGAAUAAAGACCUAAGCAAUGAUGAAGACUGUGUCCAGUGGGAACUGCACACUGAAUGUGCCAGCCAAGAACUCCUACCGCAUGGUUGUGCUGGGAGCCUCCAGGGUUGGCAAGAGCAGCAUUGUCUCACGGUUCCUCAAUGGCCGCUUUGAUGACCAAUACACGCCCACCAUUGAGGAUUUUCAUCGCAAAGUCUACAACAUCCGGGGUGACAUGUAUCAGCUUGACAUCUUGGAUACGUCUGGGAAUCAUCCAUUCCCUGCCAUGAGGAGACUUUCCAUACUCACAGGGGAUGUGUUCAUCUUAGUGUUCAGUCUGGAUAGCCGUGAAUCUUUUGAUGAAGUCAAGAGGCUCCAGAAGCAGAUCCUUGAAGUCAAAUCAUGCUUGAAGAACAAGACCAAGGAAACGGGAGACCUUCCCAUGGUGAUCUGUGGCAACAAGAAUGACCACGGUGAACUCUACCGUCAGGUGAGCUCUGAAGAAGGCGAGAAGCUUGUCUCCAGCGAUGAGAACUGUGCUUACUUUGAAGUCUCGGCCAAGAAGAAUACCAACGUGAACGAGAUGUUCUAUGUUCUUUUCAGCAUGGCCAAGCUGCCCCAUGAGAUGAGCCCUGCCCUUCACAGGAAGAUUUCUGUCCAGUACGGUGACACCUUUCACCAAAAGUCUUUCAAGAUACACAGGGUCAAAGAGACAGAUGCCUAUGGCAUGAUUUCCCCCUUUGCUCGUAGGCCCAGUGUCAACAGCGACUUGAAAUAUAUCAAGUCUAAAGUCCUUAGAGAAGGGCAAACAAGGGAGAGAGAGAAAUGCACAAUCCAGUGAAUGAAUCUCUACCGAGACAGCAUUGGUCUUGUAUGUCAAGUGCCUUUCAGAAAAAAAAGAAAUGGUUGAUCAGGGACUGUUGCAAAUGGAUUGGUGAGGCCCAGGUGAUGAUGGCAGGUGGUUGUCAUGAGAACCACGUUGUUAAUAGUACCCCAUUAAUAUGUAGAAGUAACCUAAACAGGUUGUAUUGUAAAUACUUGAAGCUGCCUGGUAAGGAACUGCCAUGAGCAGCAUCGGUGACUUGUUCCUUCAUCCUUUAAGAAAGGAAAAGGAAAAAAAAACUGGUUUUUAAUUUGUUGUUCUCUUGCUUGGAGAAACUGAGUGUAUAAAGAAAACUGAACUUCAGAGAAAUUGCAAACAAAAAAACAAAAAAUGAGCACAGGACAAGUAUGACCAGCAUCAGUUGCUAUGUCCUCAUGAUGCGGUGAAUGGUGUUUGCUAUCAAGAUGAGAUGUUUUCCUCCAGCUCUUCUUCAAAAAAGGAAAGUCAUGAUUCAACUUCCUAUCUUGGUACAUGGAACUGGCAGUGGCUUCCAAGACAGUGUGUUUGUGUGUGUGUGUGUGUGUGUGUGUGUGUGUGUGUGUGAGAGAGAGAGAGAGAGAGAGAGAGAGAGAGAGAGAGAGAGAGAGAGAUCUUAUUUGUCCUUAAGAGGAUUUGUCUGAUUUCUGAAGGAAGUUUGAACAUUUGGGAGUUGGGGGGGAUGCACUUUUUAAUGUGGCAGUGGCAGUUUUUCAUAGCAUCAAUGCAAAUGUCACUUUGUAUUAUAGCUUUAAUUUUGUUUUCGUUUCCCAAACAAAACCAGAUGGCAAAUUGUCUGUUUUUAUUGAAAUGUGAGCUAAUUGGCAGUACGAUCUGGAAACGCCAACUGUUCUUCAGUUACAUAAUAUGUACAGUAACUGAAAUUGUUGUACUGUAAAAACCAGCACACCUAAUUGCUUCGUGAUCCUUAGAUGAAAGCCAGUAUGGAAGAUUUUACUCUGUACCCUCCAAAUCUCACCCACCUCCUAUGCCAAUUGCCUUCAUAAUGCUUCUGUUCUUCGCAGCCGCAGGGAAUAUUCAACACCAGGUCUCAUAAUCUAUCUUGUUAGAUGAGGUAGUAUAAGUUAUUUUCUUGACAACGAAUCCCAGAAUAGAUUAGCCAGCUGGGCUGGUGGCUGUGAUGGCUGUGGGAUUCUGAAAGUUGUAAUCCAAAAAAGUAAUUUUCCUCAUCAGUGUUGAUGGCCCAUUAUGGCUUUCUCAUACUGAACCUUGAAUGCUGUAAAGUAAGUCUACCAGUACACAGUGGGACCUCCUUCUGGGUAAGCCUAUAUAAAACUGUGUUGAAAGGGUCCAAUCCAGUGUAGGUUUGUUUAAAAAAGGAGCUGUAAUCCUUUGGAUUCUUAGGUGAGAAGAAGCCCGCUUCAAUGCUGUAAAUUUUACUUGAGCAGGCAUGCAUAGAAAUGGGCUGUAAAACCUGUAACUAGCAUUAAGUUAGUGGUUGUUUAUAGUCAAGUAAAUCUACAUAGGGCAGACCUGUAACUGGGGAUAAUAGAAGUGCUUUCUUUUAAUUAGAUUUUUUUUAAUUUGCAGUAUAGUUUGCCUUGGAAAUGUUGUCCUCAUUCACUCUGAGUGGGGAUUCUUCUCUCAUGUCCCCAUUCAGCAGUCUCUUCCACCAUCACCGUUGGCUUCUUCCUACCUCCUCUUCCUCUCCUCGGUGUGCUGGGUCAACUGUGAGCACUGAUAAUAGGCAUUUUAAGGGAAAAAAUUACCUCAGACAUGAGUGUGUAUUGUAUUGUGUGCAUGGGUGUGCAUCUGUGCGUGCAAGUGUGUGCAUCACUGGGGAAAGACUUUAGUCUCAGUGGUGUCGUUCCACUGUGCUCAGUGGAAUUAUAGAUAUUCUAGAUAUUCUGUACCAGCUGUUGAAUAUUCUACACUUUGUGAUAUAUUAUACCUCACAUUCUGUAUAUAUGUAAAUGGUACUGUGCACUCUGAUUGAUAUUAUAAGCCGUAUUGGCACUGAAUGAAUGUUCGCUCUGACGUCUGACAGGUAACAAAGACUGAUGUCUUUAACAGAGAGAAGUCCUUAAUUAAAGAAAAUUAUUUCUCUCCUUUUUUUCUGAACCCCAUACUUUCCAUUAUUCCCUACUUCCUCAGCCCCAUAUCCUUCUAGUAUUACUGAGUUUUUAAUGUAAUGGCAACCAUCUAUAUUAUUUUCAA